AUGCAGCCCGGGAUGUGCCUGAAAGACAACACUGAGCCGUAUGGCACCAAGGGGUCAUGCGGCGCCUCGGAAUGCAGCGACACGACGCGGGACACCUCGACAACACGCGACAAUUCGAAGGAGUUUGCCGCCGCCGCCGCCGCCCCCAGCGGCCGCUCCUCGCCGUCGAGCCCCCGCGUGUGUGUCGACGACCUCACGCCGCACCUGCGCUGCGGCCUUUGCCGCGAGCCUGUCGCGGGGUCGCUUGUGCUCAGCUGCGGCCACCUGUUCUGCGGGCAGUGCCUCUGCGACCACCUGAUGGCGACGCCGGCAUGCCCAGCUUGCCAGAUGAGCCUGCGCGCCAUUCCCGUGCGAUGCAUCGCCAUCGAUCAUGUGGUGGGCGCGCUGCUGCCGGCGCUGUCGGCCCCGCAGCAGGAGGCCUUCCGGCGUCGCAAGGAGCGGGGCGAGAGUGCGCCCUCCAUCAUUGCCAAGAUGCUCUGGUGGCUCGAGGCCGGCACGCCCGCCCCCUGUGGGGCCGGCGAGCAUUCUGUUGCUGGCCGCGCGCCAGCCGCUGCCCCGUCUCUGCAGCAGCACGCGCAGUCGCAGCAGCAGCUCGGGCACCAGCAGCAGCUUGGCCACCACCAGCUUCUCGGCAGGGCCAGCAGCGGCGGCUCGGCGGGCGCACCAAUGGGCGCGGCAGCGAGCGCAGCCGCAUCUGCGCGCAUCGCCGCAGCCUCAACCGCUGCGCACGACGCUGCCAUGGCCGCGGCCAUGAGUGCGGCCGCUGCGGCAGCUGUCGCAGCCUCGGCGCCGCAAUCGGCGCCGUACGGCCUGUCUGCGCAGCUCAGCAGCAUGGGCUUUGGUGGGCUCAGCAGCAAUGCUCUCGGCCUCAACAGCGGCCUGGGUGGGUAUGGCGCCAUGGGCUCUGGCACGCUGGCUGCGCUGGGCGGCGCUGCGGGCCUGUUGGGGCCUGGCCUGCACGACCCUGCGCUGCAGACGCUUCCUGACAUGGCUGCAUACAACGCGGCUCUGUCGGCCAUGGCAAUGCAGUCAGCGGCAGCCGGGAUGCAGGGGCAAGGGGCCUUCAUGAGCGGCUACCCCGGGCUUGGGGGUCUGCUGGGCAUGUGA